CUCCCCUCGGCUCUGCCCGGCUCUCCCCGGCUGCGGCGGCUCGGCCAUGGCGGAGCUGAGCGCCGAGCGGCUGCGGGCGCUGCCCGGCAGCUGGAGUUACGGGAUCAGCCAGGGCGGCCGCGUCUUCUUCAUCAACGAAGAGGCGAAGAGCACGACCUGGCUGCACCCGCUCACCGGCGAGGCCGUGAUCACCGGGCACCGCCGCAGCGCAGACUUACCCACAGGUUGGGAGGAAGCCUAUACUUUUGAAGGUGCAAGAUAUUAUGUAAAUCAUAAUGAACGAAAAGUGACCUGCAAACAUCCAGUGACAGGACAGCCUUCACAGGACAACUGCAUUUUUGUUGUGAAUGAGCAGACUGCUGCAGCAAUGUCAUCUGAAGAAAAGAAGGAGCGACCUGUAAGCAUGAUAUGUGAAGCAACUAACUAUAAUCUGGCAUCAGAUUAUGCUGCUCAUCCAAUGAGCCCUGUGGGCAGAACAUCACGAUCUUCAAAGAAGGUUCAUAAUUUUGGGAAGAGAUCCAACUCCAUAAAGAGAAAUCCUAAUGCACCAGUUGUCAGAAGAGGCUGGCUCUACAAACAGGACAGCACUGGGAUGAAGCUGUGGAAGAAGCGCUGGUUUGUGCUCUCAGAUCUGUGUCUCUUCUACUACAGAGAUGAGAAGGAGGAAGGAAUCCUGGGGAGCAUCCUCCUGCCUAGUUUCCAGAUAUCUGUGCUGUCUGCUGAGGACCACAUCAACCGCAAAUUCGCCUUCAAGGCAGCUCAUCCAAACAUGAGGACCUAUUAUUUCUGCACAGAUACAGGGAAGGAAAUGGAGUUGUGGAUGAAAGCCAUGAUAGAUGCAGCACUUGUGCAAACAGAGCCUGUGAAAAGAAUAGAGAAGUUCACUGUUGAAAAUACAUCACCUCGAGAGGUAAAUAACAUUUCAAACCAUCGGGUGCUAAUUAAGCCAGAGGCACAGAACAACCAGAAGAACAGAGAAGUGAACAAAAACGAGGAGAAGAAAGCUUUGGAAGCUGAAAAAUACGGAUUCCAGAAAGUCGGGCAGGACAGGCCGUUAACCAAGAUUAACAGUGUGAAGCUGAACCCUUUGGGAUCCGAGUACAGGACUUUGCCCAUAAGCACCAUUCCAGGUGGGCACUUCAGGCCUGUCCAUCUGAAUGGAUCUGAGAGUAAAUCCCUGGGAGCUGUGCUGGCGGAUGCUGGGGAUGGAGCCCACCACAACGCGCUGCCGGCGCACGCCGACUCCGAGCGCGUCAUGCAGAGAACCAACUCCAUGCUGCAGCUGGAGCAGUGGAUUAAAAUCCAGAGGGGGAAAGGACAGGAGGAGGAAACAAGAGGCAUCAUCUCCUACCAGACGCUGCCGAGGAACAUGCCAAGCCAUCGAGCUCAGGUGCUGCCCCGCUACCCAGAGGGGUACAGGACACUGCCAAGGAACAGCAAGACACGUCCAGAAAGCCUCUGCAGCGUGGCUCCCUACGACCGAGCCGUGGGACCCGCCAGCGCCGAGGACAAGCGGCGCUCCAUGCGCGACGACACCAUGUGGCAGCUCUACGAGUGGCAGCAGCGCCAGUUCUACAACAAGCAGAGCACUCUGAGCAGGCACAGCACCCUGAGCAGCCCAAAGACCAUGAUCAACAUCUCUGAUCAGACCAUGCACUCCAUCCCCACGUCCCCCUCGCACGGCUCCAUCGCGGCUUUCCAGGGAUACUCCCCGCAGCGGACGUACCGCUCGGAGGUGUCGUCGCCAGUGCAGAGGGGAGAUGUCACCAUCGACCGCAGGCACAGGACGCAUCACACCAAGCAUGUCUUUGUGCCCGACAGAAGGUCGAUGCCAGCAGGUCUGAGUUUACAGCCUGUUACUCCUCAGAGCCUCCAAGGCAAAACACCGGAGGAGCUGACCCUGCUGCUCAUAAAGCUGAGACGGCAGCAGGCGGAGCUGAGUAGUAUCCGGGAGCACACACUAGCACAGCUCAUGCAGCUAAAGCUUGAGGCCAGCAGCCCAAAGAAUGAGAUUCUUUCACAUCACCUUCAAAGGAAUGCCAUAUAUUUGGAUCACCAGAUGAAAGAGAAUGAACCUUUAAUCACCAUGGUUCACACUAUGAUUGAGAACUCGGCGCUAAGACCGCAACUGUACCAUCAAUUAACACAAGAAGAAUGUAGGGGUACUCUAUACAAAUAUAGAACUGAAGAGCUGGACAUUGAUGCUAAGCUUAGCCGUUUAUGUGAACAGGAUAAAGUCGUGCAAGCACUGGAGGAGAAGCUUCAACAGCUACACAAGGAGAAAUACACGCUUGAGCAAGCUCUGCUCUCAGCAAGUCAGGAGAUAGAGAUGAAUGCAGAUAACCCAGCAGCCAUACAGAAUGUGGUCCUGCAGAGGGAUGAUUUGCAGAAUGGGCUGCUCAGCACCUGUCGGGAGGUGUCCCGAGCCACUGCAGAGCUGGAAAGAGCUUGGAGAGAAUAUGAUAAAUUGGAGUAUGAUGUAACUGUAACAAGGAACCACAUGCAGGAGCAGCUCGAUCGGCUUGGAGAAAUUCAGACUGAAUCAGCAGGGAUACAACGUGCUCAGAUUCAGAAGGAACUCUGGAGAAUUCAGGAUGUCAUGGAGGGUUUACUUAAACAUAAACAGCAAAGAAGCUCUUCUGAGGCAGGCAUCAUGGUAUCAAGGACAUUUUCUUCUAUUAAAUAUAAAAAUGAGGAAGAGGAAGUAGUCCCACCUCGUCCUCCACUCCCUCGGUCCUAUGACUUUACAGAGCAUCCUCCCAUAAUCCCCCCUCUGCCCAGUGAUAGCAGCUCCUUGCUCUGUUAUAGCAGGGGCCCAGUACAUCUGACAGAAGAAAAGAAGAUGUACCAAGUUCAAGGAUAUCAGAGAAAUGGAUCUUACUGUGGUCCUGAUUAUAGGCUUUAUAAGAGUGAACCCGAGUUAACUACAGUAGCAGAAGUGGAUGAGUCUAAUGGUGAAGAAAAAACAGAACCAGUUUCAGAAUCAGAAUCUUCUGCUAAAGGCUCACAUUUCCCUGUGGGAGUUGUACCACCCAGAACCAAAUCCCCAACGCCAGAGUCCUCAACAAUAGCAUCCUAUGUCACCCUGAGGAAGAACAAGAAGAUAGAUCUAAGAACGGAAAGACCAAGGAGUGCAGUGGAGCAGCUGUGCCUUGCAGAAGGCUCAAGGCCUCGAAUGACAGUGGAGGAGCAGAUGGAAAGAAUAAAGAGGCACCAACAGGCUUGUCUGAGAGAGAAGAGGAAAGGACUCAACAUUAUUGGAGUUUCAGAGCAGUCUCCCUCCCAGAGCUUGUCCUAUGUCAGGGAUAAUCCACUCAGACUGGCCCAGAAUCGCAAAAAGGAUGAGACAGGAUCUGCCAACAUGAAGGAGUUCGAGGGCUCCAGUAGAGAAAAUAAUUUGAAACAAAAUAAUGGAAGUCCUGGAGAAGAAAUAGCACAACUCAAAAACGAUGGAGAUCCAGAACAUAAUUCAAGUUUUGCUAAAGAGCUGUCAAAAACUGAUGAUCUUUUAUCAGAUGCACAUGUUGUAUCUGACUCAAAAGAAGGGAGUAAUGAAGAGAAAGCAGAAAAGAAAAAUAAAUUGGAAGAAACACAUGAUGGUGAUAUAAGCUUGCAGAGUGUGACCACAGUUGCAAACCACAAACCCAAAAGCAGCUCAGAAGAAAGUGAAAUCCUCAGUGUUCAAGAACAAGAAGGAAUUGUGUCUUCAUUUGAAUUAGCAGCACAGUCUUCAAAAGGAAAUCAGGCAGCAGCAGUGAAAAGUUUGCCUUCCUCACCAGAAUCGUCCUUGUCACCAGCUCCAUCCAGCCAGCCCCAGCUGACAGAGGGAUCCCAUUUCAUCACUAACGGCUUCUGUUGAAACAAUUCAUGCCUGAGAUGUAUGGACCUGACCUAUGAAAAUAUGAGAAGAUAUUGUACAGUAUAUUUUAAAUCUAUGAAAUUCAUAGUUCUGAUGCUUUUGGCCACAGAGCAUCGUUUUAUCACUUCCUGGAAAAUGUUUAUUCCAAGAGAGCUUUAAAUGGCCCACGUGUACACUCAACAACCUUCAGAUUGUUCUCCUGAUACCAGCUUGCUGCUACGAUUUCUGUGCACAUAAAACAAAGGCUCUUCUUCAUGUGCAGCCUACAGUCAAAACUUUAUUUGCUCUUCUUCAGAAUUUAAUGUUCUUUUAAUGAUGGAUCAUAUAAGUUUACUUUUUUUUGCUUCUUUUAGAUGCAUAACUCGGUUAAUUUUACAUAUCACCACUAAACCUUGUUUUACACUUUUUCAACAUUACAAUUUAUUGUUUUAACAAUUUAUUUGUAAAAUUUUUAAAUAUAUAUAUACAUAUAGAUAUAUUUAAAAUGUGCCAUUUUUAUUAUUGCUUAGUAAGAGAUGUCCUGUUUCUGCUGUAAUGAUUUCUUGGUCAGGUUGCAAUGUCAGCAGUUACUGCCACACUUCUGUCAACAUAGACAUUAAUGUUAGUGGUUCCUUUCUCUUGACUAAAAUGGAGUGUAGGUAUUUUGAGGUACUGGGCUUUUCCUUGGUGGGGUUGGGGUGUGUACAGCAAUAAGCAGGUUUUCAAUCCAGUACUUAGUUUGUGUACAAAUGUAAUUAUGUUCAUUGUGUAUAUAUUAUACAAUGAGCACAUAUGAUGUAAGUAUAAGAAGCCACUUAUUAUUGUUCAAAUACGAAUGUUCAUAUCCCAUUUCUUUUAUAUCAUAUUAAAUAAAUGUUGAUGUUCUUAAGGA